AUGGCUCCAAAAAUAACAAUAUCCUUGAAUCCGCCGUAUAAUGGGGAAUUUUACAGUUCAAAUGACCAGCUGUCAGGAGCAGUUAACCUUCAGAUAACAAAGUCAUUGUCUAUAAGGAAAAUUACCGUCAUUUUGAAAGGGUUCUCAGAGACUCUAACGAAGAUUGACCAAGAGUACAUGUUUCAACAGAAUGCUAUGAUGAUGCCCGGUCAAGAUAACAAAUCCUUUCAUACAUUAAUGAAAUUUGAACAAAGAGUCUUUCCUCCGGAUAAUGUAUGGAAUGCCCUUGAUGGAUCCUCCAAACCAUUCAAAGUUAAGCCAGGUUCGUACGACUACAAAUUUCAAUUUGAUAAGUUUCCUAACAAACCUGAGUGCCUGAAAAAUCAUACAGCAAAGACAAUAGCAUUUGUAACAAGAAGUAAUGCACGGUUACCACCGACGUUUAAUAGUUAUUGGCAAGAAUUCAACAAGAUCGAUAAUUUGGAUUUAUAUUUCUAUUCUUUUGGCAAGGUCAUUUAUAUGGCGCAGGUGCAAAUAGAACUAGGAAAAUCUUCAGCUUGGUUUAAGCCUUUCCAUAAAUUGAUAAGGGAAAUUAAAACUUUUGAGUUCAUACCUGAACCGAAGGACCUUAUUAUAGAACCUGACGAGGAGGAUGAUGAGGAACCUAAUAGUUGCGGUAAUAAUAAUAGAUUCAACAGCAUCGCCAUGAAUAAUGAGUUUUUCAAUAAUUCAAAUUUUAAAGUUCCAUCAAAGGACGUGAGAGUUGUUAACGGAGUCGGAUACAUAAAAAGUGACAGGAACUUCUCUCAGGCCAGUUCUAUAUUAGUAGAAGAUGGAAACAUAAGAGCGAGGCCUGCAUCUUCAGUGGCUUCAACGAGGCAAUCUUCCCGCAUGGCAAACGGUGCGAAAGUUUUCUCAUCCAUCUAUAAAAUAGGACUCCCUGAUGGGAAAAGUAGCAUGAGAGUGGAAGUUAGAAGUCGAGGUUUGAAGCAGAUGUACAGAAAAGACUACUUGUUCAAGUCAGGCAGCCAAAAUUUCGACGGGGUAUAUCUAGUCUUAGAAGGGAAUAUGGCAAGCCUGAGCAAGAUGCAAAUUGUACCACGUAAACUUCAACUGAAUCUGUUAGAGACUACGACAUAUUUAUCACAAGGUAUAGCGAAUGGAAACUACUCAUCUUUGAAACUCAUUGAACUUGAUUUAAAUCAGCUAAAAUCCAAUAAGCCUCUUUUAAACUGGAAUGAACUACGAGAAACCUCGGAUGGUUCCAUGUAUGAGUGUGAACUACGAUUAAAGGAAAAUCCCAUUUUGAAAAAGGUGGUGUUCAAUGAGGAGGAUUAUAGACACCGUGGGAACAGAUUGUACAGUUUCAAGACAUGUACAAUAAAGAGAAUAUUUAGUUUUCAGCUGAUGAUCGAAUGGGAGAUUAAUGGAGUUACGAAACAAACUGAAGUAAAUAUUAAUCCUGUUCAAAUCUUUUGUCAAGUAAGAGAGCAUAUUGAGGCAGAAGCGUUGCCUAGAUAUGUGCCCCCACCAACAUAUACGGAAAUGGCAACGUAA